AUGGCGGACCUUAGCAUCGAUGAGGCCAACAAAAUCCGCCUGUCCAUGGGUCUGCCUGCUCUUCCAGGUGGCUCUGCCAAUGCUACCCCGGACGGACCAGCCUUCAGAGCCGCGAAGGAUGACGACGAAUCCUCUGAUGAAAUUGCGAGCACCAUCGAUACGCGCCAGGCUGCUGCCCAUGACAACUGGUUGAAGCUCAACGCCGGACAAGAAGCCAAGAAGAAGCGCGAAGAACGCGCAGCUGCGAUCAAGAAGGAACGUGAGAGGGCCGCGCGCACAGCGAAGCUCGAAGGCAGUGGUCUUGCGGACGAAGCCAACGAUGACGAUGACAUGGCCUGGCUGAAAGGCAGCAAGAAGCGCCAGAAGAAGAUUCUGAAGGCUGAGCAGAUGCAGAGGGAGCUCGAGGAGCGCGAGCGUCAGGCGCGCGAGGCAAUGCAGUACACAGAGAAUGAUCUCGCAGGCGUCAAAGUUGGCCACGAAGUUGAUCAAUUUGAUGAUGGCGAGGACCAGAUUCUAGUGCUCAAGGACACAGCAGUCGACGGUGAGGAUGACGAUGAGCUCGAGGCAGUCGCGUUGAAGGAGAGGGAACGAUUGCAAGAACGAUUGGACUCCAAGAAACGGAAGCGCGCAUAUGAUCCUAACGACGAACACGACGCCAAAACCAUUCUAGCCCAGUAUGAUGAGGAGAUUGAGGGUAAAAAGGGCAAAGCAUUUACUUUGGAUGGCAAAGGCCACACAGUCGAAGCUGUUCAGGCUGUAAUUACAGGUGCCUCGCAACCGAAAAAGAUCGCUAUCAGCCUCGACAUUCUCAAGGACGAUGCGCCAGCCAAUGACUACCUGGAUCUGUCCGAAAUCAAAAUGAAGAAGCCGAAAAAGAAGAAGUCCAAGAAGGCCAAGCGUGAGCGCGUGGAAGAUGACGACGAGAUGAUGCUCCCGCCUACAGAAGAGCCGACUGAGGAGAUGGAGCUCGACGGAGCGGACACAACCGUACCCAAGGCCAAGAAGAAGACUAUCUUCGAUGAAUCUUUCAUCGAUGACGAUGAUCUGCAGGCCAAGCUAGCUGCGCAGCGACAGAAAGCACUCAAGAAGCGGAAGAAAAUGCGUCCAGAAGACAUUGCACGACAGCUGCGAGAAGAGGCGUCGACGCCACAGGCACUUGACAUGGUGGAAUCGAUCGAGGAUGGCGAUGCGGACGGCCUCGUGAUUGAUGAGACAACAGAGUUUGUGCAGAAUCUUGGAACAAAUGCAGAUGAUGGCGAAAGAGAAGAGGCGAGAAAGAGUCGAAGGAAACCUAGCCACGUUUCCGAGGGCGUUAAGGCUGAACAGCUCACCGACAACGACGGCGACAUAGACAUGCACCAAUCCUACGCUGAAGCAGCCGAAGCCGAAGACGCACAUCAGCGCAGCCAAUCCCGUGCAAAGUCUGUCGAAGAUACGGACACCGGUCUCGAAGCUGAGAAGACAGUCGACGGUGGCAUGGGCGCCACUCUCGCGCUCCUACGGCAGCGCGGCCUCGUUGCCACUGACAACGACACAAGCAGCAAGAACGCGCUCUACCGCGACCGUCAGAAGUUCCUCGCCGAUAAGCAACGUGCCGAAGCCGACGCUGAACGUCAGCGCAAGAUCGCACGUGAACGUGAACGUAACUCGGCACGCUGGAACACCAUGACGCCACGCGAACGUGAAGAUUGGGCUCGAAAACAGAACACAAACGCCGAUGUCAGCGAGAGUCGCAGGUUAGCGGAGAUCUUUAACAAGGAGUAUAAGCCGAACGUCGAGUUGAACUACGUUGAUGAGCACGGACGCCAGAUGAACCAGAAAGAGGCGUUCAAGCAGCUUAGUCACCAGUUUCAUGGCAAGGGCAGCGGAAACACGAAGACCAAAAAACAUCUUGAAAAGGUCGCUCAGGAGAAGAAGAAGAUGGCUGAGAGCUCGUUGGAGGUUACAAGGACAGGCGGUGUGGGAAGCGCUCACGACCAACAGGCGAAAAAGUUGAAGACUGCCGGUGUGCGAUUGCAAUAG